CAGCCCCGCUACCUGGUGAGACUCGCCGAGCACACCAAGUCCGUUAACUACGCGUCGCUUGGGCAUUCGGUGGGCGUCUGCCCACACCCUAAACCAGGGAUUCCUGGCGAUGGACGUGACGUGUUUGAAAGUGCAAUGAAAGUUCCUCGGCAAUGCAAGCAAUACCAUUAUCCCUAGCGAUGGUUUCAAUUUCGCAGUAUAGGUGUCGCCUUCUCUGAGUGACUGCGUGGGAGCGCAUUCAAACUUUUGGGAGUGUCGCUUCAAAGCUCAUCGCGAGUCGUCCACGAGUUCUUUUUCUAUGGCUAAGUAGCGGUUGAUGACGAGGAGCAGCAGCCUGAACUUGUGGCUGGAUUUCCCAGGAUCGCAGAGGCGGUGAUUUGCUGGUGCCUCACGCGACCCGGUGCCAUUAGCUCUCUUGGAGGCUACGGUAUUGCGCUCAUUGAGGGGCUUGUGAUCAGGCAGGAGGGUAUAGCACUAUUGCAGGUUUCUGGGUGGAUAUUGGGAGAAGCGACUUAGGGGCAACUGGAAUUGCGAAGUUGACGGGGUGUUUUGUGCUCGCGGUGGAGCGUACAUGCAAUGAUUUAGUUGGAGGAGUGGGGUUAAAGUGGUUUGCUUAUGGAGCAAGAACUGUGGUUGAUUGCAGAGGACUCAUGGUGGAGACUGGGAUUGUUUUUUUUUUUGGUCUGAUGUCUUUGCCUAGGGAGGGUGAGGAGUAGAGUGUUUUGAAUUCUGGGAGGAGGGUCAUUUGAAGGAAAGUGGGUCACGGAAGUCGGGUGUGCACAGGGCUGAAGGUCCUUGAAGGCUAAUGAAGCUUUUGUGUGUAGAUUUCUGGGUGAUUUUGGGGGUGCAGAAGUCCAGUCCAUAGUGUAAGUUGUGGUGAAUGAUCACAUUUCUGAGUACAGAGUUCCUGAGUGCUUGACGAGUAUGUAUUAUACCGAUUGAAUGGGUAAGUGGUUAAUGAAAGAGGACAGCAUGGGGAAGACGAUGAAGAAAGUGAAGAAGAGAACGGUGCGUAGAGUACGGACAAUGCUCCAACAUGAAUACCCCUACCCUCACGAGCAUUCACAGCAUGCGCUCAUUGCGGUGGUAGCCGUGGCGCUUUUCUUCAUCUUCUCGGACAAUCUCCACAUUGUUUUGCACAAGCUAGACACCAACAUCAAAUGGUGGUCUAUUUAUGGAUUCUUACUGGGCUUCUUCUACUUUUUCUCUUCGCCCUUCUUGGGGAGCACCAUUCAGCCCAGCUACUCAAAUUUUAGUCGCUGGUACGUGGGGUGGCUCCUAAUUGCUGCCGUGUAUCACUUGCCAAGCUUCCAGUCAAUGGGAGUUGAUAUUCGGAUGAACCUCUCUCUCUUUUUGACUUUAUUUGUUGCAUCAGUGCUGGUUCUUGUCCUGUUCCACGUUGCUUUCUUGGGACUCUGGUACCUCGGAUUUGCAGCUCGACUCGCAGGAAAACGUCCGGAAAUUUUAACUAUCCUUCAAAAUAGUGCGGUGUUGAGCAUUGCAUGUUGUGCAUUCUACAGCCAUUGUGGGAACCAAGCUCCGGCCCAACCUGGUAUAUUCCAGAGGCAACGGUCUAUGUUCGAGGAUCUGCCUAAGUGGUUUGCAGGUUUGCAGAAUAUGCACCAUGCUAAGGAACAGAUGUGCACUGAGUGGUUGGGCCCUGUUGGCACUGCUGCUGAUUACCCCGUCUUCUCCAAAUGGGCUCUUUAUGGCGAGUUAGUGUGCAAUGACGGAUGUGUCGGGGGGCCUACGGACAUUAUCUCUCCUGUUUACUCUCUGUGGGCAACAUUCAUAGGGUUGUACGUUGCCAACUACGUGGUGGAGCGCUCAACUGGAUGGGCAUUGACACAUCCUCAGCCGGAGACGAAAAAUGGACCGCAGAAAACGACUGUCACUGCACCUGAGUUUCUGGAUAUGGUUCCUUGGUAUUCAGGAACAUCUGCAGAUUUGUUCAAGACAGCAUUUGAUCUUCUGGUGUCAGUGACACUCUUUCUAGGCCGAUUUGAUAUGAGGACUAUGCAGGCAGCAAUGACACAGGCUAAUCAGUAUAAGGACGACGGAUUCUUCUACGAUCAUCUCAGCAAACGGGAUGGCCUUUGGUUUGAUUUCAUGGCUGACACAGGUGAUGGUGGUAAUUCCACUUACAGCGUUGCGCGACUUCUUGCACAGCCCUUUCUUAAAAUGGGAAAAACUGAAUUACCGCGUGGUGAUCUGCUUAUUAUUGGUGGAGAUCUUGCCUACCCAAAUCCAUCUACGUACUCCUAUGAACGACGUCUAUUUCUGCCUUUUGAAUAUGCAAUGCAGCCACCUGUUUGGUACAAGCCAGAGCAUAUAGCAGUGACGAAACCAGAGCUUCCUGAGGGUGUACAUUCUUUGGAGGAAUUCCGGGCUCCACAAUGCUUUGCUAUACCUGGCAAUCAUGAUUGGUUUGAUGGGCUCGAUACAUUUAUGAGGUAUAUAUGUCAUAGGAGUUGGCUUGGAGGUUGGUUGUUACCUCAGCAGAAAAGCUACUUUGCAUUGCGUCUUCCUUGUGGUUGGUGGAUUUUUGGCUUUGAUCAAGCUCUUCAUGGUGACAUUGAUAUCUUCCAGUUCAAGUAUUUCACAGAAAUCGUGAAAGAGCAUGUAGGAGAGGACGAUUCGGUCAUACUGGUGACCCAUGAGCCAAACUGGUUGCUAGAUUGGUAUUGGGACAGCACUACUGGAUCGAAUGUUGCUCAUUUCGUUGAACACUAUCUCAAGGGUAGGUGCAGACUUCGUAUAGCAGGCGACCUCCACAAUUAUAUGCGACAUAAACUUGUGUCCGGUUCGUCCACAUCAGUCGAGCAUCUGAUUGUGAAUGGCUCAGGGGGUGCUUUCCUCCAUCCAACUCAUGUAUUUGGAGGCUUCAAUAAAUUUCAGGAUGGCGUUUAUGAGAAGAAGUUUGCCUACCCUUCCCUCAAAGAAUCUGAGCAAAUUGCAUGGGGAAACAUCUUGAAGUUUCGAAAGAAGAAUUGGCGUUUUGAUGUAAUUGGUGGUGUUGUAUACUUUAUAUUGGUUUUCUCAAUGUUCCCACAGUGUGAAUUGGAUCAGGUACUUCGAGAUGACACUAUGUUGGGCCAUGUGUGGGAAUUUGGAGCCACCAUGGGUCGAGCUUUUCUGGAUAUGUUGGAGCAUAGCUAUGUAUCAGUGACAGGAGCAUUGGUACUAGUAAUAUUAUCCAUACAGUUUGUUCCAGUUAAGGUAUCGCGCAGCAAGCGAAUUGUGAUUGGUCUACUACACUUCGCGGCUCAUCUUACAUCAGCGAUUGCUUACAUGAUCCUGUUGGAGAUUGGUAUUGAAAUUUGUGUACGCCAUGAUCUACUUGGCACUUCUGGUUAUCACUCGCUGUACUCAUUUUAUCAUACAAAAGAGGGAGAGCACUUUCCAGAUCCUACUGGAUUAAGAGCACGUAUCGAGUAUUGGACUAUGGGCUUCUAUCCUGCAUGCAUAAAGUACCUAAUGGCAGCGUUUGAUGUACCAGAGGUUAUGGCUGUCACAAGAGCCAACAUCUGCAAAAGUGGGAUGGACUCCUUACCUCGAGGAUUUGUACUUGCCUAUUAUGCCUCUGUAUUUUUGUACUAUUGGGUAUUUUCAACGCCAGUAGUCUCAUUGGUUUUUGGAAGCUACCUGUACGCCUGUAUAAAUUGGUUCCAUCUACACUUUGACGAAGCGUUCUCUUCACUUCGCAUCGCCAAUUACAAGUCUUUCAACCGUUUUCAUAUCAACAGUGAUGGCGACUUGCAUGUUUAUACGUUGGCUGCAGACAAGGUGCCAAAAGAGUGGGCCUUGGAUCCUGAAUGGGAAGCAGAGCAAGCAGAGAAGCCCGACUUGCCAUCACACAAGCGGAGCUGUCCAAGUCAAUGGACCCCUGUAGGUCACAUUCGUGAUCGGUUCUCAAAGGUUCGUGUUAUUGACGAGUUUGUCAUUCCCAAACGUCGCUCCCCAAUGAGCAAUGGUGCUAGUGAGAAAGGGACGGCGAAUAGCACGAAGGGACAUGGAUUUGACGAGGACGAUCUGAAAGAGAGGGUUGCAAAGGAUACAGAAGCUGAUGGUAGCUUGGGCAACAGCGGUUUGCAUUUUCAAACUUCAUCACAGCAGUCAAAUUGGACAUGGAGUGACGAGGUAGAAGAAAACAGUAAAGGUGGCAGAUCAGUUGUAUAUGAUACCAAUGACCAUGUUAAGAUGUUUGAUACCAGUGGAGAAAGUGAUACCAGUACAAGCAGUUAUUGACGAUUCAAAUUUUCGGUUGCUACCAGAGAAAGGAAGUGCAUCUUUGUCGCCUAUUGAAGAGGGGCUCUUUUAAGAGUAGUUUUUUUUGAGAUUAUCUGAGGUCUCGGCGUCGGGUAUGAUGACUUUCAUCAACGGUUUUUCAUGCUUUGCAUUCGCUUGCGGAGGAUCAUUUCCACUAGUUGCUGCAUGAGGUAUGCUUUUUUCCGACAUCUUGACAUUAAUUAUACAGCAUUUCUCACAAAUUGAUGAAGCAUUAUUCAAAUACAUUAUCGAAGCACCAAUUUUUAUGUGCUAUAAUUUAUUAAUUACCACGAUUAGUAUUAAGUUUGAUGGAGUUAUCAUGGACUUUGUACAAUGUCUAUAUUUAGGGCAUAUUCCUAUGGGUCGCAAUCUGCUUAGGAAUGACGUAGUUCCAAUAGUUACCUACAAUUCCACUUGUACAUAUGAAUUAAGAUGAGGUAGCAAAAACUUAUACAACUUUGGCAAUGGUCCAUGUGUCAUGACUACUUGGGCUGUUGCUUUACUGUAUUGUUCAACCAUUUCAUCUUAUUGUCAGAGGCUGUGCGAGAAUCGGUGAUAUAAAGCAUUUACCUGCACAUCAUAGUCAUUACACAAAUACCCAAGCCCAAUAGAAGUGGUAUUAGUUCUCAAUACCUGUAUUUUUUCAACCUUUAUGUAAUAAGGAAUUAGCAAGCUUAAUACGAGUA